ACGACCUCGUGCGAUGUAAUGGUGAUGCGACGCUGUGCUCUUAUUUACGUACCCUAUUCCAGGGGGCGAAAUCGACAUACGAAGGAUUAUCUCAUUCUUCAGUUUCCCCAAGACAGUUCACACCACAAUCUGUCAACCUUCUUAUUCCUCUGGAUUUGUAUCCUUCAUCGCCAUCAUGGCAAGCGGGCCGUUGGAACUGAAAGAAGUCGGCACGGACCGCAGCCCACAUCUCCAGGCAGUGCCCGAUACAAGAGAAUGUCUUGAUGAAGAUGUAUUGCAGGACGUUAAGGAGGGAUUCACUGUGAACGACCAAAGGGACAUGCAUCGGAUGGGUAAAAAACAGGAAAUGAGGCGAAAUUUCCGGCUUAUCAGUACUAUUGGCUUCACAACGUGUAUUAUGGGAACGUGGGAGAAUGUGCUAACUUCAACCUCCCAGGGCUUAAGGACGGCUGGGCGACCAUGUCUGUUUUGGUCCCUGGUUUGGGCAUGCUGUGGGCAGCUUUUUAUCGUUCUCUCUUUGGCUGAAAUGUCGUCUAUGGCACCUACCGCGGGUGGUCAGUACCAUUGGGUAUCUGAAUUCGCUCCUAGAAAAUAUCAAAAGUUUCUUAGCUAUGCCUCCGGGUGGCUUUCGGCACUCGCUUGGCAGAGCGCAGUGGCAUUCAAUUCCUAUCUAACAGGAACAAUGAUACAGGGCGUGAUCUUCUUGAAUCAUGAGACAUAUGCACCGGCUCGUUGGCAAGGAACCUUGAUCGUCUCUGCAGCGUCCAUUGGUAUGAGCCUUUUUAAUAUAUUUGCUGCGAAACAUCUUCCACUUGCAGAGGGCAUCUUCGUCACGUUCCACUUCUUCGCAUUUGCUCCGAUUAUAGUCACGUUACUCGUUCUUGCUCCCAAGGCAAAGGCGCAAGACGUAUUCUUCGGUUUUAAAGAUUAUGGGGCCGGAUGGGCGAAUCCCUCUUUGGCAGUUAUGAUAGGUCAAGUGUCCUCAAUGUUUACCAUCAUGGGCUCUGACUCAGUCGCACAUAUGUCGGAAGAAAUUGAAGACGCUGGUGUUACAGUUCCUAAAGCAAUGAUACUGUCAUUUGUCCUAAAUAUACCAUUGGCCAUGGGUUCAGUUCUGACAUAUCUAUUCAUAAUGCCUGACGUGCAAGAUGCUCUUGACUCACCUGCUGGUCUACCAUUUAUCUAUGUAUUUUCCGAGGCCAUGAAAAAUGCAACCGGUGCAAGCAUAUUAGUCGUGGUCAUCCUCCUCUUAUUUUUCAUGAUCACCAUUAGCUGCACGGCGUCAGCAUCGCGACAGACAUUCGCCUUUGCUCGAGAUAAUGGCCUACCCUUCUCUACCUGGCUUGGGGCUGUCCACCCGACACUCCAUAUCCCCGUCAACUCGGUCAUAAUAACAUGCGCCUUCUCACUGAUCAUGUUCUUGAUCAAUAUUGGUUCCGGCGCCGCAAUGAACGCCUUGCUAUCACUAGCUACCAGUCCUCUCAUGGGUACCUAUAUGAUCUGCAUUGUUUGCGUUAUCGUGCGUCGCAUAACAAAAUCUCCACCACUACCCCCUUCCCGUUGGUCGCUUGGUCGAUUCGGAAUGCCAAUAAAUAUACUAGCUCUGGUAUAUGCUUCGUGGGCAUUCUUCUGGAGCUUCUGGCCUGUGAACCGUGAAGUCACUACCGAAACUCUCAAUUGGGCACCGGUUCUGUUUGUCGGGGUAAUGGGGUUAUCGGGGGUGUUGUACUGGCUGGUUGCGCGGAAGGUUUAUGAAGGCCCUGUUGUUAAGGUAGAAGGCCGGAAGUUUCAUUAAUUACUUCCUAACUUUUCCGGCUUAUAUCAAACGGGUUUCUCAUCUCUGUAUCAACGGAAUGUUGCACGCGCAGGGGAAAUCCGUGGAGGAAAAGCAUCAUCCUGUCUCUAGGUCUCACGAUUGCGUCAGCCGCUGAAGGAACUCUAGGGAUUAGAGUGUCAAAGUACGAGGAGGGGGGGAGGGGUUAUACUAUAGCGCUAUCAUCGCCUAACCCCUAUAAAGCCAGAACGGUGAAUGGGGCUUCGAUAUAUCCUCCUAUUGCUUAUCCUUCGUACCCAUACCUUACUUGCCUCUGUAUUUGGUUGCCCUUGUUGUGCAUCUAUUCUUGUUAUCUGAUUCUCUCUUAUAUUUGCAAGCAUGACAUAUAUAACCACUAGAUAGCUUAAUAACAUGAACCCAUCGUACGCCUGUGCACAAGAC